CAGUGUCCCUAUUUGCUGGGACUGCACAGAGAAAGGGCAUGUAAGAGAGGCCGACAGUGUCUCCUUCCCGGGAGGCAAUAAUUGGAGACACUUCAAGGGCCGUUUCCGAAGAGAAGGAGAGUUCUCAAGCUGGGGCGGAUCAACACUCGGUGACGGCACGACAUUGGGAAAAUCAUCCAUAUUACCGGAAUGGCACCCUCCAGAACCGGGCCUCGAGGCACGAUAUCCAGAUGGCGUGUCAACGCCUGGAGACCAGCUCCCGAGUGGCAUCCGCCAGAGCCAGGUCUGGAGGUUGUACAGCCGGCAUCAGCCGAAAAGAUCCCCUUGGCACAGAGGGGAAGGAUCUUCAGCCGCCUAUUCGGAACACAAAAGAUAUGGGGCUUGCGGAGGAGGACAUUUUGUUGGAUUAUCCUAUGUGCCGUGCUGCUGGUCGUGGCCACCGUCCUGGGUGUUGUCCUUGGCCUGACGUUGAAAACUCAUGGCGAUGCUCACGCAGAUGCCAGCUCAACAAGCUCUCCGUUGCCGACAGCAACGUCAGAUCCCUCGACUGCAACAGCUAGCGUCGUGCCGACCCCGACGUUGAGCGGCAUGCCGUCCUGUCCCAAUGCCAACGGUACGACAUACACUGAUCCAAGCACCAAGGUGCAGUUCAAACGCGAAUGCGGCAUAGCUCACGACGGCUCAGAUAUUUCGCAUCACACAGCAUACUCCAUGGAUGACUGCGUCGCAUCUUGUGCCCAGUCCAGCGCCUGCAUGGGGGCCGUAUGGAUCAACGCGAGCGUGCAAGGAACGGACAACAACUGGUGCUGGUUGCAUAGUGAUAUGAGCCAACAAGAGUACAUCAGGGUCAAUCAAUACGCGCAGUCAGCCACGCGUGUGGUGUGACGUGAAGGGUAUCGGUGGUACAUGGAAAGACGCGGCCGAAUUGGAAUGUAGUUUUUUUAUGCACCUAGUUUCGGGGGAUCAUGG